AUGGCCGCGUCGGCCAUCAUCGUGCGGCUGAAAGGCUUGCCCUUGUCGGCAAGGGCGGCCGAUGUCAGAACAUUCUUCACCGGACUGCGGAUACCUGAAGGCGGUGUCCAUAUUGUUGGCGGGCCGGAAGGAGACUGCUUUAUCGCUUUCUCGAACGAUGAAGAUGCCCGACAAGCGUUCCAGAAGGACAGGCAACCAUUACAUGGCGAUGAGGGGCGCACAAUUCUCCUUGGUGGCGGGCAUCAAGGAGUAAUGGUUCCGAAAUACGGAACGAUUGUCUCGAACCGUCAGAAGCAAGGCAUAGAUGGUGUUAUGACACUUGCCGGCUACGAU